GAAGUCUUUGGACCACCCCGGAUAGUCUGCAGGGAGCUUCCUAUUGGUCUGGUGGGAACUGGGGUGUCGGAUGUCCGUGGAGCCGUGAACGCAGCCUGAGGAAAGUUUCCCAGGGAUCAUAAUUAGUGAGUUUGUUUUUGUAACAGUGAAGAAAACGGUCUUAUUAUGCAGGAGAGGGCCUGUGUAGAAGUUUCCCCUGAGCUCUGACAGUCUGCUGAGUUUGUUUGGUUUGUUUUUGGCACCAGAAGUCUCCAAAAACGCAGCAUGUCGGAGCAGAGCGCGGAGAAACCGGAACAAAAAGGCGACUCGGUGAACCCCCGGGCGGUUUGUAACGUGUGUAAACGCCUCUACCGGGACCCGAAGAUCCUGCCCUGCCUGCACAGCUUCUGCUCGGACUGCAUCGCCCAGCUGGAGCCGUUCUCCAAGUCUCCGCCGCUCCGCCGCCUGGACGCAGCGGAGGACCGGAGCGGCGAGGACCGAUCCGCCGUUACCGUUACCGUGCUCUGCCCCGACUGCGACUCCGAGGUGGAGCUCCCUCCGUCCGGGCCGGCCGGGCUGAGCACCGACCACCUGGCUCUGGAUGAGGUGUUCCUGGAGACGCUGGUGACCGACGGCCCGCUGGGCUGCGACCUGUGCGGGGAAGGAGACGCCGGGAGCCGCUGCGAGGUCUGCUGCGUCAACCUGUGCGAGUUCUGCCGCCAGGCGCACAGGCGUCAGAAGCGAACUUUGUCUCACUCUGUCCAGCCUCUGGAGGAUCUGAAGGCUCGAGGUCGCCUCUGCCGGCCCGUCCUCUGCUCCCUCCACCCUGGACAGGAGCUCCGGCUCUUCUGCCAGCCCUGCGACCUCCCCGUCUGCCUGGAAUGUGCCGCCACGCUGCACCGCGACCACCGAUGCUGCCCCACGCAGGACGUCAUCGAUCGCCACGGAGACCGCAUCCGGGAGCUGGUUGCCGGGCGACUGCGACCUCGACUGGAGCGUCUGGAGGAGUCACUGCAGAAGGUGGAAGCUUCCCAGGAGUCUCUGCAGAUGCGAGUAGAGGCGAUGGCCAGCGAGGUGAGGGCAUUUGCCCGAGGCUACGCCAGCGCUGUGGAGCAACACUGCCUGUCACUGCUGCGUCGCCUCGAGGAGCUCCGAGUCCAACGAAGGAACCAGCUCCACCUGCAGAGGGCGCAGCUGCAACAGGCGCUGCUGGACGUCCGUGGCGGCGUCGACUUUGCCGAGCGACUGCUGAGCUGCGGCUCCGACACCGAGAUCCUCAGCGCCAAAGGGGUGACGCUGAGGAGGCUGACCAGCCUAUCAGAGAGCGGCUACGACCCCCACCCGGCAACCGUCGCCCCUGACGACGGUGGCGGCAUCUGCUUCGUGCCCAACGAGCCGGCGGGUGAAGUGGAGGGAUACCCGGUGGUCGGAGUGAUCAACUCCAGGACGGUGGACGUCAGCAGGUGUACCAUCGAAGGAGAAGGUCUGCAUCGAGGCGUUCAGGGCCAGAGAGGAAACUUCACCCUCGUGUGCCGAGACCCAGCCGGAGAGCAGAUGGUUCGAGGUGGAGAGAACGUCCAGGUCAGCAUCGUCCACAAGGAGAAGAAGAAAUGCACAGUGGAGACGACAGUGGUGGACAACAGUGACGGAUCCUACAGUGUUUCAUUCACACCUGAAGAACCAGGAGUUUACUCAGUGUGGGUUUGUGUCAAAGCUCAGCAUGUCAAGGGUUCUCCGUUUGUUCUGACUGUAAAGAGGAAGCUGAGGCGUCACAGUGGGACGUUUCACUGCUGCUCAUUCUGCUCCAGUGGAGGAGCUAAAGAGGCUCGAUGUGGCUGCACAGGAACGAUGCCAGGAGGCUUUAAAGGCUGUGGUCACGGACAUAAGGGGCAUCCAGGGAAGCCUCACUGGUCCUGUUGUGGCAGCACAGUGCAGCAGUCCGAGUGUCUGCCUCAGAGCGUUUUGGCUUCAGUUUCCCCUCGGAGCCACCUGAGAACUGUGGAGCUCUGAAAGUGACGAGAUGAUGCAAGGUGACGCAGGACGGCAGCAAGAAAGCUUCGGGUUUGUUUUGGAAACAUUGAAAAGAUCAGACAGAGGAAGUACAACUCUGAAGACACAGAUACAGGAGCCAGUUUGUCAUUAGAGACAAACAAGGACAAACACCAAAGUGUGAGACUGAAGAUCUCAAUCUGAGUUAUAAAGUUCUUUGACUAAACUCUGCCAACUUGACAUCUACUCCGGAGUCAAAUGUGCUAAAAGUUUGGAUGUCCUCAGUAUAGCUGUAAACUAGCUGUAGUACCUGCUUUUGCCACCAGAUGGAGCCUCUUAGGUGGGAAGUUUAGUAAAGGAGCACCGUGACAGAGACUUCCACGAGACUUUAGUGAGAUCAGGCCAGCACACAGGCUUUAAAUCAUGCUAAAGGAAUGACGUGACCACAGAUUAGAUUAGCUGUAGUACCUGGUUGUGCCACCAGGUGGAGCCCCCUUAUGUCUAUCACUGCUAGUUUCUGAUCAAGAUUAACAACAGUUGUAGUGUGAGUCAUGAAAAUGAAUCAAGUUUUCUUUGUUUAAUGUUAAAAACAAGUCUCCAAACUGUUCCCAUUUGAGACCUAAAGACCACAGUGUAUGAUUCUGCUGUUAUUGUACCUGAUAAUGGCCUAAAUAUGCUAAAUACACAAUUUAUAUAAAUACAACUCGUAGUAACAACUUAAAAUACAGAAUAAAUAUAGUGAUAUUUUGGGAUAAAUGCAAGUACUGCUUUGGCUAAAAUAACCUUUGAAACUAUAGGAACUCAGUACUUCUUGUGUGGAAUACUCGUAGUAUUUCGAGUGGAACCAGCCUUUGAAGUCGUGCACUUUGGCAGUCAUUUAUUGCUGUAGAUAGUGCUGUCUUGGAACAAAUAGCUUCAGGUAUGCAGCCCUAGAAAUGUGGUUCUGAAAGUACAGAAGAGCAUUGUGGGAGUUUAGCUCGUAAAGGAGCACCAUGACAGACACUUCUACAAGGUUUAAUGACCUCCAGCUAGCACACGAGUGUUCAGUUAAACUGGGAUAAACAAGAAUGCCGAUUCGCACAUUUUAACAUUAAUUAUUGUGGAGGUUUUUCCGUUUCAGUCUGAAAAAAGAUUGAUAGACACACACAAGAUUACAACAAACUGUCUGCCCAGUUUCACAAGUUUAGCAAAAAUCCUGACACUUUAACAACGAUGAAUCCUGCAGUGUUACAUAUCUAAAGUCUGAAAAAAGCUUAUUUAAAUGUAAAACGUAUUAGAAUAGAAAUACUAAGAAUCUCCAGAAAGUAUUUUUAUAGCCUAAUGAAAUGUAGUUCUUCAUGUACAAUUAUGAAGCUGUAAAGUAUACAAUAUUUUCUGAUAAUUAGCAUCUCAUGUUGUGUAAGGAACAUAGCAAACAGUCUCUAAACUAUAUAUUUAGCAUUAAUAUCCACACCAAUAUUUUACUUAAAUUUAGAAUUUCCUUUACAGUAGUGACCGUUGUGUAUUCUGUUUAUAAGGUAAUUAAUGUACAGUUCUUGUACUUGAAGUUUAUUGACUGUCAUUUAAUAGUGGGAAUUUUUUUUCCAUUAAAACUACUGUACUUUUGUUUCUACGUUUAUACUAAACUACUGCACAUUUGUUAUUAGAACUUAGAAUUUAAUGUGCCUUUUACUGAAUCCUAUAGACGUAUUAGCAGCAGGUAUUCAGGCUUUAAUUAUGCUCCCUUACGGAUGCACAUUUGAACAAUUGCGGACAUUAUGGAUGUGUAGGUUGAACAAAACGCCAACACAUGGUUUCCACAUGACCGAUGUUGACUUAAAAAGCAGAUAGCAUUUCAUUGCUGUUUAUAUUGAACCCAGAAAAACACUCAGGACUCCCGUGGAUGUUUCAGAAAGUUGUGACUUUGUACUUUUUACAGGAUUAAAGUGCUAGUUACACAUUGGCAUGAGGCUUGUCGAGUACAUUGCGCAAACAUUGCACAAGAUAUCUGGAGAAUUUAGAACUUCCUCCUGUGUUGGGGUGUCAUUAUUGGAAAGAAUCUACCAAUCAAAGCAAUUGCAAAAUCCAGCAGAGACUAAUUUACAGUUACAACUCUUAGAAUGCUGAAUUAUAAAGGUGUGGAUGAUGAAGAAUCUUCUCCAACAGUCUUUCUUUAUAACAAUCAUUUGAUUUUAGCACCAUUUCAUUUUCCUCACGUAUGUAUGGUCACAGAUAUUGGUCUACAUGUGGACCCUUACAGACAAGAAAGCAUGAAGCGCCCUUGUAGCCUUGAUUGUACUCCCUUUAUAGAUUUAGACACCACAGAUGUGCAGCUGUUUUUUCAUUGUUUUGCUUUUAUUAAUCUACUUUUCAACUCUGCUUCGAGGACUCUGUUUCAUAUAUGCACAGUCGGUCAACAUCUAGGUAUUCUGGGCAUGGACGUGUGCACCUUUGUGAAUGUUUUGGGCUGAACAAAGUCAUCCAUGGAGGGUCUUUAUGGACUUUCAUGGACUUUGGGAGAUGACGGAAGUCAUGCAGACCCUCAUGAACUUCUAAACAUCGAGGAUAGUGCUGAGCCUGUACUACUUUCUAGUCCAUACAUGUACCGUGGGUUUGUCAUAGGGCUAGGAAUAGGAUCUGUCAUCUCCACGCUUCCCAUUCACUGCAAUGCCUUCUGGUAGCAGCAUGUUGUGUUUUAAGAGACGGGGCAUCACAUUCGCUGCUCCCGAUUAGCCUUAUUGUACAUGUCCUCAGAAUUCGUCAGUUUAUUGCAUCCCAUUCACUGUCAAUGUGAAAUGUGUUACAGUGCAUUUCGAGCUGGAAUCCCAUGCAUUGCCUCAGAGAUCAUUUGCCUAAAUUAGUUUAAUUCUACUUUAUGCAAAUGCAGAGUGGGGAAUGGAGGUUCAACACAUCCUGAACCUUUCGUGAAACUUUAGUGAAACGUUCAUGAAACUAUCACGAAACUUUCAUGAAAUGUCUAAACUAGGCGUCGUUGAACUAAAACAACGACAGAUUCAGCUACCUAUUUCUCGCCUGAGGUGCUUUCAAAAAUUUUUUUGCUGAAGUGUUUUCAAAAUAAGCGAGAAAGAUUGUGACUGAGCCACCAUGUUGGUCUGAUACAUCUACUGGACUGAAGGUCUGAAGGGCUGUUAUGUGACCACCUAGUGGCCCACUAGUGCCGCCUUCCAAAUAUUCAGAUGCGAUGUGUUUCCACAUCCCUGAAGACACAUAGCUUGACUACUUUGUGCACUCAGUGCCUCUGGGACCUACCGAAAAACUCUUAAAUGAAGACAUAUUUACCAACUGCACUCCUUAUUUUUCACCUCAAGUGUUCUCAACAACACAUUUUGUUGAACUGUUUUAGUUAUUUAAGGUUGCAAAUGGGCCACCGUGUUGGUCUGGUUGGAAAUCCAGGAGCAGACAGUGAAGUGUUCAUCCACUCAGGUGCGUCCAGCGUUUUCAAGAUUGUCAAAAUGUUUAGUCUGUUACCACACUAUGUAGUCGUACAUCCAUCAAGCAUCCAAUACUUUGGACAUGUACUGUUGGGCAAGUGAUGAACUUUACAUCAUAUAAACUCGAACUCUGGCCUUCCUUGUAUGCAAUAAGGUGACGAAAUUACCAAAUACUUCAUAUUUACCUUUUAUGUAUUUGUUGCACUUUUCAAAUGUUACUUUUGUGGUACAAACUACAGGUAUUUGUACUUCUGAGCUGAUAAUGGUAAUGUGGUGCGAUAGACUGUCUCAGUUUGUGAAUAUUACUGUUUGUAUAGCGAGAUUUUGUAAGAUUACAUACGAAACACUGGUCAGGAUGGAAACAGCUCAUGAAUAGAGCUCGUGAAUAGAAACUGGAGUUCACUGUGUUUUAAAACUCAACCAGAAUGUUAAACCUCAACUUGUGCACUUGUAGAUUUCUCACUAUUGUUGGUAGAACGAUGAAGAAAAUCAGCACCUGACAGGUUUCCUUUAGGUUUUUUUUUAGCUGGUAAAGACUUCCAAUCACAAACCUGGAACUCAUCCUGAGCCUCUCUGUGUAUUUUUGUGUAUUCUGAAUAACAAAUAUGUUAACUGUGAGUAUAAAUGCAUGUUUUAAAGUAAAAUAGAACUAUGCAAAUACUUCACAUCUCUUCAUCUUGUGGUCCAACAUCUUCAGAUUAAGGGAGAACCUCCUGAACGCUGACAUUUCAGAACGUUUCUGCUCAUGUGUUAAAAAAGUGCCUUUUUCAUUUUUCCAGCAUUUUAUACUGAAGCCUGUAAACCUGAACAAUGAAAUAAACAGUUUCUACAUCCUGAUUUCAAACUGAA